AUGCCACCCACAAAACAAGAAAUCUCCCUCCUAAUCAACCCGCUCGUCCCGGAAGCCGUCCAACACAACAACCGCGUACGCCCCCUUCCCGUUCCUCUCCCCGUCCUCACCCCCGGAACGCAACUAACAAAGACAACACAACAGGUCCUCUCCCAACUCCACAGCCUAACCUCCUUCCUCCUCGGCCUGACGGCCGGGAUCCUCGCGCUACAAUCGACCGCCGGCUUCGCGUUCUACCUCGCGGGCACGGUGCUCGUCUCGGGGCUCUUCCAUGUCGUGCUGUUGAGCCGGUCGCGCGGCCAGGGCGCGGGCGUGUUCUUCCCCGGCUCGAGCCCGGGCGAGAUCGAGGGUGUUGAUAUGAAGGGGAUGAUCUGGACGGAGGGCGCGCGGCGGGUGCGCAAGGGUGCGUGGAGGGAUGUGUGGCUUGGUGGGGGAGUGUUUGGGGAGGCGUUGUCUGGGUUUGUGCUGGGGUGGGCUGGUGUUGGGGGCGUUUUGCGAUGA